AUGACUUUGCGCCUGAUAGUCGUGUUCACAUUGGCAGUCGCUAUUCUGGGUACCGCUCCUGCGGGCCCAUGGGAUGCGUUCAAUCUAGCCCCAGAGUCCAGGACGGUCUAUCCACGUGCCAUAUACGGCUUCAGCGGAACCGCAGGAGAUGUGCAUGGUCUCGUUUCAGGCGGCAGCCUUACUUUGCCAUCGAAUACUUCAUUCAUCACGCUUGAUUUCGGAUACGAGAUUGGCGGGCUUGUCUCGCUGAAUUUUGACGCGGUCUCCUCGACAUCCUCGAUCGCGCUCGCAUUCACCGAGUCGCCAGAGUUCAUUCGGCCAUACGCGUCUGAUGACUCUUCCUACCCGUCUGCGAAUACUACCUACGAUGGUGUUCUUGACAUCACUGGUCCCCUGCCGACUGGGUACUGGACUCAGCCCGCCGAGCGAUUGCGUGGCGGGUAUCGUUACUUGACCAUUUCCUCCACCUCCAAUAGUCCUGUCACAAUCUCUAAUGUCUCGUGCGCUAUCUCAUUCAUGCCCCACGUUGAAAACAUGAGGAACUACAGUGGUUACUUCUAUACAUUAGACCCUGAUUACACGGAUCAGGAUUUCUUGACCAAGGCAGAUAUGACGGGCACCGUUCCGCUGAAUACCGGAAGGCAGGUCCCAUUCGUCUCCUCGCCUGGAUGGCUCAACAAUGCAACGCUGGGCAUUGCGGGACCCAUCAUUGUUGAUGGCGCAAAGCGAGAUAGAGCUGUUUGGCCGGGUGAUAUGGGCAUCGCAGUUCCGACGCAAUUCGUCUCCACCAAUGACCUGAUCCCCACGCGAAACGCGCUAUCGACUAUGUUUGCCGGCCAGAAUCCUGAGACAGGCGCUCUUCCGGAGUCUGGUCCGCCUCUCAGUCAGCAGGGCAGUGACACGUAUCAUGCGUGGACGCUCAUCGGAACUCAUAACUACUUCCUGUAUUCUGGGGAUCUCGCGUGGAUGCAGAAUACUUGGAGAAACUACACCAAAGCCGUGCAAUACCUGGAGAACAAGGUCGACGGCACGGGUCUGCUCAAUGUGACGGGUCUGAGAGAUUGGGGAAGACUUUGGCAAGGAGGGCACAACUCCGAAGCGAACGCCAUCUUCUACAAGGUUCUGAUCAACAGUGCGGAGCUUGCUGUCUAUCUAAACGACUCACUUCUCGCCACGUCUUACGCUACCAAUGCGUCUGCAUUGAAGACUGCAUUCAACGAUGCCUUCUGGUCGACCGAGGAGGGGAUGUAUCGUGACAAUCUCACGUCGCCCUUAUAUCCCCAGGAUGCAAACUCUUUAGCAGUGCUCUUCAACCUCACCGCCUCCGCUGAACAAGCGUCCUCCAUUAGUACAGGUCUUACGAGAUAUUGGGGCGAAUUCGGCUCGAUAGCGCCAGAGCUCCCGGAUACGGUUGCACCAUUCAUCGGUGGAUUCGAACUGCAAGCUCACUUUGCAUCCGGGAACGAUGUACGAGCAAUGGACCUCCUUCAUCGUGAGUGGGGUUACAUGCUAUACACCCCUCUCAGCGUGCAGUCAACUCUACUGGAAGGCUACACGUCAAACGGGUCCCUAUACUAUCGCUCUUACGACGGAUAUAACUACGACCCGUCGUACACUAGCCACUCGCACGGAUGGAGUACCGGACCAACUUCAGCGCUGACAUUUUAUGUUCUCGGUCUCACCGUAACCUCGCCUCAAGGGAGGACAUGGUCGGUUGCACCACACAUAUCUGGAUUGCAGUCUGCCGAAGGAGGCUUUGAAACGCCUCUAGGUUGGUAUGGCGUCGAAUGGACAUUAACUGCAAAAGAUUUUCAUCUCACGCUUGAUACGCCGGCCGGCAGCAGCGGUAUAAUUAUCCUUCCUGUUUCAGGAACAGUCUUUGUCAAUGCUGUUCGUACAAUCACUAUCGUUGGCAUCGUUGCUCCUGAUUCAACUCAUUAA